CGAGCCUCGCUAGUGCGUUCUCGCCCUCCCGCGAAGCUCGAGCCGCUCAGUCCCAAGAGCAGACGAAUUCAGCACGGGACAGAUCCUGCACCGUCUCAAGGCAACAUGUCGACUGAGUUCCAUAACCUACAGGAGUUGAGACACAGUGUGUCUGUAGCCACCAAGGUGUUCAUCCAGAGAGACUACAGCCAAGGGACUACCUGUCGCUUCCAGACUAAGUUCCCCUCUGAGCUGGACAGCAGGAUUGAGCGGACCCUGUUAGAAGACACAGUGAAGACAUUGAACAGCUACUAUGCAGAGGCAGAGAAGAUGGGAGGCCAGUCCUACAUGGAGGGAUGUCUGGCCUGCGCUACAGCCUACUUCAUCUUCCUCUGUAUGGAGACACAUUAUGAGAAGAUGUUGAAGAAGAUCUCAGGGUACAUCCAGGAGCAGAAUGAGAAGAUCUACGCUCCCAGAGGUCUAUUACUGACAGACCCUAUAGAGAGAGGCAUGAGAGUCAUCGAGGUGAGUGUGUUUGAGGACCGCGGUUUGAGCGGCUCUAGCCACAGCAGCAGUGUGUCGUCUGGUGGCAGCAGCCAGCGGUGACUGGAGGAUCAGCACCAGGGAUAUGGGUACCACCACAGAAGCAGCGGAUCUUUCACCAACAUCCGCAUGCUGAAACAAGAGAGCACCCGCUUCUGACUAUAGAUGUAUAUCAACGUAAUCUAUAUACUAUCUCUAGUUUGGAGUAUAGAUGCAUAUGUAAUCAAUAUACUAUCUCUAGUUCUGACUAUAGAUGCAUAUGUAAUCAAUAUACUAUCUCUAGUUCUGAGUAUAGACACAUAUCUAAUCAAUGUACUGUCUCUAGUUCUGAGUAUAGAUGCAUAUGUCAUACAGGAAGUAAAUAUUGAUUGUAUAUACUAUCUGUAGUUGUGUGUCAGGGAGACUAAAGAGAGAGGCCAGGACGAGGCUACUGAAGAACAGGGGCAGACGUUGAAACACACAUCUUUGAGUAUCUGAUGGUUAGACUCAUGUUUCUGCAGACUACUCAUUCAGCCGACUGUCAUUCUGCUGUGUCACUAUUCCCUGUGUUUCCAUGACUUCAGAUGGAACUAUUAUGCCAUAGCCAAUACAGAUGUAGGAUCUUAAUUUGAUCACCCUGUUGCAGGAGAACCUUCCUGCAAAGCAGGAAAGGUAAAAUGUGUAGUGUAUUUGGGGUUCAAGUCUGUAAUUUCCAAAAUGUUAACGUGUCAAUUUCCACUUAAAUUAUUGAUCAACCUCUACAAAUAUGUGAAUUAAUUAUAAUCAACAUAAUAAUUCACAUUUCCUGUUGCUGCAGGAUUAUUUUCCUGCUGUAGCAAACUGGAUCAAAUUGAAUAUUUUGAAGUAGUAGUAGCAUAUUUUAUUUAUUUUAUUUCACCUUUAUUUAACCAGGUAGGCCAGUUGAGAACAAGUUCUCAUUUACAACUGCGACCUGGCCAAGAUAAAGCAAAGCAGUGCGACAUAAACAACAACACAGAGUUACACAUGGGAUAAACAAACGUACAGUCAAUAACACAAU